CCCCGCCUUUUAACAUUGAGUGAACCGGCUUGGUGUUAUGCAACGGGGAGCUUCAAAAUUAAAAAUUAAAUCAUAACGAAGCUCCCAAUUGGAUAACCGCGUGUCCACUAUAUCUAACUUCAGAAGUCACUGUUUUUUUCAAUCGGAGUGUUGGAACUAGAGAGGGAUGAUCGGGACUUUCUCUAAUGUGACAUUUAGUGUUAGUAAGAUGAUGUAUUUCUCGAAACGUGUCUUACCAGCAUUCAGUAUCUUCAAUUAUUAAUUGUAAAACAGAAAAAAAAUGUUCUUGUGAUUCUGUUAAGAAAGUUAGAAAGAUGUAAUGAUAACUCCACUACUGUAAAUCACAGUAAUUAUCGGUAUUUACUGUGGAUAUUGUUAAAAACAUGUAUAGAAUUGCGAUUCUCUACCCAUAUACAGGUUCUAUCAUUAUAAAGCAUUGGAUGUGCAAAGAAAACAAAGUAUUUUAAUUCUGUCAUGUUAUGUACUGGGGAUGCAAACAUGCCACAGGAUGUGGUUCAGAAUCUCUCUGCAAAGCCCCCAAAAAGUAAACGUAUUAAUAUACCUCGUGUCCAAAGUAAUGCUGAGAGUGAAAUCCAGCCAUUUUUGACAAAUUUUCGUUCUGAUAUGGAUGGAGAGAGCGUUAUACCACCAGUUUUCAGGUCUCGACUUCAUGAACUUUUUAUUCAAAUUGAAAAAGAAUUUGAAACAUUGUAUGCAGAAAAUUUAAACUUGAAUGAAAAAAUUGAAAGCUUAAAUGAGCGUUUGGAGAGAGAAUCAUUUGUUGGCGAUAAACAAAGUUAUGAUUUUCCUGAGUUUGACAAUACAUCAUCAAAAAGUUUCUCAAAACAGAAGUCCAUUAGUGGCUCAUCACAAAAAGUCAAAACAGCUCAUAAACUAAAAGCACAGACUAGUAAAAUAGUUUCAAGUUUUAAAGGUCCAAAUGUGAGUUGUUCUCUAAUUAGAGAAUAUUCUGGACACAAGGAUGGUAUAUGGGAAGUUGCUGUGGCUCGCCCAGGACAACCUCUUAUUGGUACAGCAUCUGCAGAUCACACAGCUUGUAUUUGGAGUGUUGAAGCUGGUAAAUGUCUCUUGCAAUAUCAAGGGCACCAGGGAUCUGUUAAUUCAAUUAGAUUUCAUCCCUCAAGAGACUUGGUGCUUACUGCUAGUGGUGACCAGACUGCACAUGUAUGGCAAGCAGUUGUUACUUUAGAUCAGCCAAAAGGACAUUCAUCAGAAGAAGAACUUGGAACUGGUGAGAAAGAUGACUUUUGUGAUGAUUCAUUGUUAGAAGGAACACCAACUUUGCGGACUCCAGUGUCAGAGUUGAUGGGUCACAGUAGUGUAGUAAUGGCAGCAGACUGGUUGCCAGGGGGAGAUCAAGUGAUUACUGCUUCAUGGGAUCGCACAGCAAAUUUGUAUGAUGUGGAAACUCGAGAUCUGGUGCAAUCUCUUAGUGGGCAUGAUCAAGAACUAACUCAUACGUCUUCUCAUCACUCUCAACGCUUGGUUGUUACAUCAUCAAAGGACACUACUUUUCGGCUUUGGGAUUUUCGGGAGCCAAUUCAUUCUGUAUCAGUUUUCCAGGGUCACACAGAAACAGUUACUUCUGCAGUUUUCACACGAGAAGAUAAGGUUGUAUCUGGUUCUGAUGAUCGUAGUGUAAAAGUGUGGGAUCUAAGAAACAUGCGAUCCCCUCUGGCAACUAUCCGUUCUGAUUCAGCUGUGAAUCGUUUAGCUGUUUCUGGAGCUGGUGUUGUUGCCAUUCCGCAUGACAAUCGACAAGUUCGGUUGUUUGAUUUGAAUGGGCAACGUAUUGCGCGUUUGCCAAGGACAAGUAGGCAGGGUCAUAGACGAAUGGUUUCUUCAGUAGCAUGGGCAGAAGAGAACUCUAAUCUCUCUUGCAAUUUUUUCUCGUGUGGUUUUGAUCGGCUCAUACUGGGUUGGUCAGUUCAGUCAUGUAAAGAUGCAUAGAAUUUUGUUAAUAUGUAAAUAGUUGUAGAUCAAUGUACAAUAAUUGUGCUUACUUGUAAAAUAAUGUAUUUUGAUUUUCACUGUAUGUGGUCAUUCAUGUUCUGAAGCAGAUUUAAAAUUUAAAACAUAUUUAGUAAAAGUAGGAAAGAUCUGAAUCAAAUUUUGAUUAUAAUUUCACCCUUGGGAGAACUACAAUAAUUAAUGAUAAAUUAAUUUUUUUUAAACCCUUCCCAUUACCAUAAACACGAGCUGUGGGUUGAUGCCAUCCAUAAAUUCCAUUCAUAACUGAAGUUACAUUAUGGAAUUUAAAAAAAUAUAGGUAAGGGAGAAGAUUUCUUCAGAGAAGUUGAACUCAAAGGAUAUAAUUAUUAAGUCCCCUUCAUUUCCAUCUAUACUAUAUAAUUUUAUUCAUGAAUGUUGUUUAUUGCAUAUUUAAUAAAUAUUAAAUACUAUCAAAUUUUAUAUUUUCUUAUUUGAAGAUUGAGUAACUUUAUAACCAUUGGGUGAACUUUCUGUUAUCCCCCCUUGCCCCCUUAAGUUUUGGUUGUUACAUGUUUCAAUUCAAAUUGAAUAAAAUGCCC